CGAGACACAUUCGCUCGGAAUUCCGAUUAUUUAUUUAUUUUAUUUUUCGUGUGUAUCGCGUAUAUAAAAGGCUACCGUCUCAAUAGCACAAAAAAAAAGAACGCGUCGUUAAAAAAUAUAAAAAUUUUCGACACCAAAUGUUUCGGAAAUCGGGAAUUUAAGUGAGAAAUUGUGAGUAAAACGAUUUUACGAAAGACGUAAAAUACGGAUUUGGUGUUAAAUUUUUAAUUGAUGCCAAUUUGGAUUAAUGUUUCGUGAAAAUUAACACGAAAUUUGGAAGAUUUUUUUAAAGUAAAGCACGUGAAAGUUGCAUCAAUAUGAAAGAAUCGCCGCGCCGGAAGCUACCAGACGCAUUAUUGGCCGACCUACAAAACACUGUGCCUGGCCAGAAUAAUACAUUACCGUCACAAAUAAAAGCGCACAAUUUACAAAAUUCAUCGGGUUAUGGCAGUUUGAAUGGUGUCAAAAAGCCAGUGCAAUCGCCCUCUCCAACGCCAUAUCAGUCAAAACUCGAGUCGCCAACGUUAGUCAGCCAAACACAAAAUGGUUCCCUGCCCCGAUCCGCUGCCAACCAUCAUCAUUCGCCUUAUUCAAACAACAAUUCACUGCCGCGCUCGACGACGCCUCACACCCCGCAACCGGCAGCUGGCAACCUCUCGGAAUUGGAUUCGCUCUUGGAAGACUUGAGCAAUGCACGUUACAACAAUUCGCUCGCCGAAAAACAUCAUAGCACUGGCUACACAAAUGGCACUCAAAGUCCUACCACAUACAAUUUCGAGUCUGUUAAGCGUCCUUCCGUAGACAGCUUGCUUGAUGAACUCAGUAAUGCCCAUACUAGUCCAUUGUAUGCUUUACCAAAUACCCCAAAAACGCCCGAUGGUCAAAAGCCGGGACGACAAGUAACGAUUACGGUGCGCGAAACGACGACGGAAAAAAUUCGCGGCACUCCGAGUCCGGGAUAUAUCAACCACAGUGCAAUCGCGAAUAGUUCUUUGAGCCAAAAACCAUCAGCUUACACUUCGUCGGCGACAAAGGAAUUGGAUGACUUGAUGGCUUCGUUGUCUGAUUUUAAGGUAAAUCAGGGAUCGCAUCAACAACAAACAGUUACCGAUUACGCAAAACCCCAUCAAGGUCAAGCACACUUUGAGUCGUCCACAACGGUAAUAACCGAAACAGGUCCGGAUCAAUUGGAUUCUAUGCUUGGUAAUUUGCAAGCGAACAUGAGUCGUCAAGGAAUCAAUACACAACAAAAGGGUUGUUGCAGUGCCUGUGAUAAGCCAAUUGUCGGUCAGGUGAUAACUGCGCUCGGCAAAACGUGGCAUCCGGAGCACUUUGUUUGCAACCAUUGCCAGCAAGAGCUCGGCACACGAAACUUCUUUGAGCGCGACGGUUUCCCAUAUUGCGAAACGGAUUAUCACAACUUGUUCAGUCCACGAUGCGCUUACUGUAACGGUCCCAUUUUGGAUAAAUGCGUGACUGCCCUCGAGAAAACGUGGCACACAGAGCACUUCUUCUGCGCCCAAUGCGGUCAACAAUUCGGCGAAGAGGGAUUCCAUGAACGCGAUGGCAAACCCUAUUGCCGCAACGACUACUUCGAUAUGUUUGCGCCAAAAUGCAGCGGAUGCAAUCGUGCCAUUAUGGAAAAUUACAUCUCCGCCUUGAAUAGUCAAUGGCAUCCGGAUUGCUUCGUGUGCAGGGAUUGCCAUCAACCAUUCCAUGGUGGGUCAUUUUUCGAUCAUGAGGGUCUUCCAUACUGCGAAACGCAUUAUCACGCCAAACGAGGCUCUCUCUGUGCCGGAUGCGCAAAACCUAUUACGGGACGUUGUAUUACAGCUAUGUUCCGUAAAUUCCAUCCCGAGCACUUUGUCUGCGCAUUCUGCUUGAAACAACUCAACAAGGGAACGUUCAAAGAACAAAACGACAAGCCAUAUUGCCAUCAAUGCUUCGACAAGUUAUUCGGCUAAAAAAAAAACUCAGACGAAAAACAAUUAAAAUCAACGAAACGGCUUUUAAUAACAAAUAAAAAAAAAAACAAUGAAAAAUACUUAAACUCUAAUAAUGUAAUGAUGAAAAGGAUUGACUGUCUUGAUAUUUUACUUAUACAACAAAGCAAAAAAAAAUAUAUACAUUAAAAAUUUUAAACAUGUAACCGUAACAAACAUUUCAAUGCAUUAUAUAUCGAUAUUCAGUAGCGACGACGUAGAGGGAAAAAAAUUAAGAAAAGCUUCCAUUCUUCAAGUUUUUGAAAUAUUUAAACGUGUUUAAUGGAUCUUAGAAGAGAGAAACAGAAAUAGAAAAAAAAACAAAUUUAGACUAAUAAAAUAAAAUAAAUAGACAGUUUUUAUUAUUAUUAUAUUAAUUAAUUAUUAUUAUUAAUUAAAAAAAGAGAUAAAAAAAUUAAUCAUUCUCUAAAAAAAAAGAAAAAAUAUAUAUGGGAGAAAUUUUAACAAAAUGUUUUGCGAUGAUGAAAAUUAGACUAAAAAAAAUCUAUAAACACUACUAUUAUAUGACAUA